AUGAAAUGCACCACUGUAUUCGCUCGACAGUUUGCGUUGGCGAAAACGCAUUUUCGACUUUCACCGAAAAUACAACUCACCCAAAAAACGUACGGAACGCGUUUUCAAUCUGCACCAAAACUACGACCCGUUCGUUUACUAAGAGUCGGAAAAGCAAGCUCUCAGAAGACUAAAGCAGACAUACCUAAUAUUUUUCCAUUAUUACCAUUGGUGACCAGUAAAACAGUGCUUAGUGAAGUUAGUGAGAAUGUCGACAGUUUAUUUAGACAAAGAAAGAGUAAUCUCUUUGUAUCACCACCACCACUAGCAACAAAUACAACACUGAUAACAGCAACCUUAAAACCUUCUGACUCGAUGUCACUCUUUCAGAAAUAUGAAAAAGUCAAACGUCCUACUUUGUUAGUAACGAAGGGUGAUACAAGUAAUGUUGACGACGAUGACGGUAUAAAUCGUGUCGAUAAAAACACAGAAUUAGAAAUGAUUACUUGCAUUGUUCCCACGAAUGAAGAUGAUUAUAAAAAAGCAAUCGUCACUGAGAUCAAAGAUGGUGAAAAUGAUAGUAACGAUAAUAGGAUAUUAAUCAAUGGGAAUAAUGAAUCUGGCAACAUCGAAGAUACGAUAAACGUACAUGAUACAAAUAAUGUCGACGACAAUGACGGUAAAAACACAGAAUUAGAAAUGAUCACCUGUAUUGUUUUCACGAAUGAAGUAAUCGAUGGGAAUGACGAAGAAGAUACGACAAACAGACAAAAUACAAGUAAUGACGGUAUGAUAAAUCACGUUGAUAAAAACAGAGAAAUAAAUAGAAUGAUUACCUGUAUUGUUCCCAACGAAGGUGAUUAUAAGAAAGCAGUCGACGCUGAGAUUAAAGAUAAUGAAAGUGAAAAUAAUGAUAAUAUGACGUUAGUAAUCGACGGGAAUGACGGAUCUGGCAACAUAAAAGAUACUGAAAAAGAUACGAUAAAUAGAAAAGAUACAAAUAAUGUCAACAACAAUGACGGUAUAAUAAAUCGUGUUGAUAAAAACAAAGAAUUAGAUGAAAUGAUUACAUGUAUUGUUCCCACGAACAAAGGUGAUUAUAAGAAAGCAAUCGUCGCUGAGAUUAAAGACGGUGAAAGUGAUAAUAACGAUAAUAACAGUAUAAUAAAUUGCGUCGAUAAAAACAGAGAAUUAAAUAGAAUGAUUACCUGUAUUGCUCACACGAAUGAAGGUGAUUAUAAGAAAGCAAUCGUUGCUGAAAUUAAAGAUGGUGAAAGUGAUAAUAAUGAUAAUAUGAUGUUAGUAAUCAAUGGGAAUGAUGAAUCUGGCAAUAUUAAAGAUACUAAAGAAGAUACGAUAAACAGAAAAGAUACAAAUAAUGUCGAUGACAAUGACGGUAAAAACACAGAAUUAGAAAUGAUUACCUGUAUUGUUCCCACGAACAAAGGUGAUUAUAAGAAAGCAAUCAUCGCUGAGAUUAAAGACGGUGAAAGGAAUAAUAAUGAUAAUAUGACAUUAGUAAUCGAUGGGAAUGACGAAUCUGGCAACAUAGUAGAUACUAAAGAAGAUAUGACAAAUGGACAAGAUAUAAGUAAUGUUGACGACAAUAACAGUAUAAUAAAUCGUGUUGAUAAAAAUAAAGAAUUAGAUGGAAUGAUUAAGAAAACAAUCGUUGCUGAGAUUAAAGCUAAUGAAAGUGAUAAUAACAAUAAUAUGACGUUAGUAAUUGAUAGGAAUGACAGAUCUGUCAAAAUAGAAGAUACUGAUACGAUAAAUGGAAAAGAUACAAAUAAUGUCGAUGACAAUGAUGGUAAAAAUACAGAAUUAGAAAUGAUUACCUAUAUUGUUCCCUCGAACAAAGGUGAUUAUAAGAAAGCAAUCGUCGCUGAGAUCAAAGACAGUGAAAGUGAUAAUAACAAUAAUAUGAUGUUAGUAAUCGAUGGGAAUAACGAAUCUAGCAACUUAGAAGAUACUGAAAAUAAUGGUGAAAAGUAUGAAGAUACGACAAAUGGACAAGAUACAAGUAAUAUUGACAACAAUGAUGGUAUAAUAAAUCGUGUCGAUAAAAACAGAGAAUUAGGUGAAAUGAUUACCUGUAUUAUUCCCAUGAACGAAGGUGAUUAUAAGAAAGCAAUCGUCGCUGAGGUCAAAAAUAAUAUAGGAAUGCAUAUCAACAAAGAUAGUGAAAGUGAUAAUAACGACAAUGGGACAGUAGUAAUCGAUGGGAAUGAUGAAUAUGGCAACAAAGAUACGAAUAGUAAGGUCUCCAACGGACAAGUAAAGAAUAUAGAUGCAAAAGGCAUUAUAGAGCUCCUAGUUGCCUGCUUUACCGAAUAUCACGGUUUAAUAAAGGCAAUCUGGAAGCUCGCCAAGGUCUGUUUCCAAUUAUUUAAGAAACAGGGAUUCCGAGGAGUUAUCUUUGUGAUCAAGAAGCUUGUUGAUCCAAAACUCGGGAUCCCUGUUUCGAAUAUUUUGGAAACAUUCCUUGGCAUGCUUUUUUAA